GAAUGGCACAAGUUCGAGAAUCAAAAUCCAAAAAAAACAUUCUACUUUUGCCUUCCCUUCUUCAAAACCCCAACCACAUCCACCCGACCCUUUUCCUUUUCGACCGCUAGUUCAUGUAAACCCUAAAUCUAUAAAGAAAGCUACAACCCGGUCCUCCUUAAUUAGAGGGAGAGCUUGAAUCACAGGCGAACUGGCAAGCAUGCAGCAGCCGACGCAUCCGCCGACCCCCGUGUCCACAGUUCCUGUCGCCAACAUCACAACCGAACAGAUUCAAAAGUACUUGGAUGAGAACAAGCAGCUCAUUUUGGCAAUCUUGGAAAAUCAGAACUUGGGAAAGUUGGUAGAAUGUGCUCAGUAUCAAGCCCAGCUUCAAAAGAAUCUGUUGUACCUAGCUGCAAUUGCAGAUGCCCAACCCAAUGCACCUGCAGUUCGCCCUCAGAUGAUGCCGCAUGGCUCAAUACCACAGGCAGGUCAUUACAUGCAUCAGGCACCUAUGUUCUCUCCGCGAACUCCCCUACAGUAUAACCCACAACAGAUGCAAGAGCAGCAGCUACACCACCAGUCCCAAGGAAUGGUAUUCCCAGGCCAAAUGAUUUUUCGACCUGGGGCUGCCAAUGGUGUACAAAGCAUGCAUACCGGACUACCUCCUGGAGGCAAUGCCAAUCCUCAUGCAAAUCCAAGUAUGGCUGGAUUUCCACUGACUGGCACUUCUAGCAGCACAGUACAUGGAUGUGGGAGUAAGCAAGACACAAUUAGUGCUGCGGUAGCUGCUGACGAUAGCCAUAGGAGCUCAGGAUCUGAGCAUGGCAGUGGGGAUGCUGACCAAUCACAUAUCAAAAGGCCAGAGGACGCCAAAGCUUCGUGAAACUUAUUGUAUAUGAAGAAUGUGAUGCACAUUAAUAAGUGACUUGUAUAUACAGAAUAUUUUAUUCAUGAUGUACCUCUAAGCAUGGAUGUCGGUUCUGGAACUGAACCUUACAUAUAAAACUCUCUUGUUCUGAACCUCA